UUCGGACCAAGUCCAACUAGAGGGCGCUAGUCAUUUCAAAUUCAAGUUUUGAACUGGUGCCGGUUACGCAUGCGCCGACGUUGUCGGCGGGCCAUCGUCGCGUUCGCUCACGAACCGUUUUUAUCGUGAAACCAGUACGCGUACGUGUGUUGUUACCGAGCUUUUUCACGCCACGCUAAUGUAACGCAAUUUUAAAUCGUGCAUUUUUCGUUUGUUACGUAUUGUUGUGUUUGGUAUACGGCCGUAAAUACGUGUACUCCCGAGUGCGCACGAUAUGACAUGCUAAUAAUUAUUAUCUUCGCUGUCAUUCAUCCGUGAGUUUUUCUCCGGACAUCGUAUUCGUUAAGCGAUCGAUCACGUGUUUGUGUUGUCGUCGUUGCUGGCUGUUGCGCACGUGUUUGUGUUGUCGUCGUUGCUGGCUGUUGCGCACUUGCGCACCCGAUUUGAUUAUUCGCGUUAACUAACUGGUAGUUGUUAUACGCGCAUUACGUAACAUACGCUUGGUCAACUAUUAUAUUGUUUUUGGUUCCUUAUGAAGUGAAUCAUAUACCACGAAGUAAAUCAUGAACCACCGUAUGUACACUUGAUUGGAGGAUAUCGUAUUCGUCGACAUGUCGUAUGGGGAAGCCGAUCAGCGACCAGGUCAGACGUAUCACUCCGUAUAAUCAUUUUGUAUUAUAUUAUCAUUUUAUAUCGUAUUGUAGCGGUUGUUGAUAUAAACAUCGUGUGCUUACGUUUAUAAUAUUAUUAUUAUCACACUCAUGUUUGUGAUUUGUUGAUCAAUUAUUAUUUAUUAUUUGUAUUAUUAUCAUUUGGUAGGACUAACAUAGUACUUAAGGUGUUCUCGUGUACAUUAGAUUUCCUACUUAUAGGCAAUAAAAUUUAUACAGUCCACUAGUAAAAUAUUAUUUGUUUUAUUCUAUAUAUUUUACAUUACCUUUAUUUAUUAAUUACCAGUGAAAUAGUUGGGAUACAACCAUGUAUAUUUAAACUGGCUAUCACAGCUGAACAUUUGGUCCUUCGAGAGCCGGAUAGCUAUCAAUUAAUGUAUUAUAUGUAUUAAUUAUUGCAUUAUUUGCUAUAUAUUAUUAUUAUUGCUUUAUCCUAGUAGUAUCUUUGUGUUUCUUUUCUGGGUUGUUAGUUUUGCGUUGUUAGGUGUAUAGGUACUACAUCAUUUAUACGAUGACGAGAAAAAAUCAGCAACAAAUCCACAAUGAACAAAAAAAGACCGAGCUAACGCGCGCGCGUGCCGCAAGAGACGUCGCGUUACGAUCAAUUAAGAAAAUAUUAAGUAUUGCUAAGGAUGCAAUAAUCAAUUCUGAAAAUCGUCCCACAUUAGAAGCGCGAGUUAUGUCAUUAGGUCAACUUGUCACUGAUUUCAAUAAUGAACAAAAACAUAUUCUUUCAACACUCGCGGAGACCGAUGAAGUUGACCAAUUCGUGGAAGUGGAUGAGAACGUCACCGAAACGAUGCAAUCGAUGUGUGACCAGAUCAAUGUCAUUGUAGCAAAAUUAAAACAGAAUACUUCGAUGCCCACUCCGCGCAAUGAUAGGAGUCAGUCUUCUGUGCAAUCACUGAUUUUACCAAGAAUCGGAUUCCUAAGUUUGAUGGUAAUAUUAUUGAAUGGUGUUCUUUCCGUGAUAUGUUUACAUCUUUGGUGCAUGACAACAAACAUUACGAAGAUAUUGAGCGUUUCCAUUACUUAUUGUUUUACUUAUUAGGUCCAGCGUUAACAAUAGUAAAAGCAGUGCCACUUACAGCUGACAAUUAUUCUAUUGCUUGGAACGCGCUUAAAAAUCGAUAUGACAAUAAACGCUUAUUGGUCACUGCGCACAUUGAAAAAUUAUUUACAUUCGCGCCGUUAACAAAAGAAUCCCCUGCAUCACUUUCAUUGUUCGUCAACACCUUUCGGGAAAAUGUAUCUGCUAUACAAGCUCUUGGAGUUGGAGACUUGGCUGGUUUUAUAUUAUUCUAUAUCGGUUCACGCGUUAUUGAUCCCAUGACACGACGAUUAUUUGAGGCUACUGUUGCGAAAAAUGAAAUACCUGAUUUGAACUCAUUAUUAGAGUUCGCAUCACAACGAUGUAACGUUUUGGAAAACGUUGGCAGCAGUUUGAGCAUUAAUUGUGUGGAAAAUAAUGAAAAGACCGUAGGGAAGACAACUACUAAGAAGAUCCAGGGCAAGAGGUCCGAGAAGACAUCGUUAGCCGCGGUUGCCCCCACCAAGUCAAAAAAGUGUUUGUUUUGUGGACACCCACAUGCAAUUUACAAGUGUUUUGGAUUCCGAAAACUAACAAUUACCAGUCGUCGCGAUUUUGUCAAUAAAAAUCAAUUAUGUUUUAUUUGUUUGAACAGAGGGCAUAUGAGCAAUGCGUGUCCUACGUCUUUUACGUGUCGUACGUGUUCAAGUAAGCAUAGUACAUUACUACAUUUGGCAGAUGAUACUACAAAAUCGAGCACCGAUAAGACAAAUGACAACUCUGAACGAGCCACCACAAGUUGCAAUGCAACACAGUUUUCGGGAGUUACACAUACUGAAACCACUGUUUUGUUGGGUACUGUUGUAGUCAGGGUUCGGGACAAUACAGGAGUUCUACAAGAAGUCAGGGCAGUAUUAGACAGUGGGUCGCAGGUGUCUGCAAUGACAGUGGAUUGUGUCAACCGGUUAGGUUUGACCCGUAGGAAGUGUCCUGUUGAGGUCAUCGGACUUUCCCAACAACCGGUCAAUACUGUUAAAGGUCAAACUAAUUUUAAUUUUUUUUCUGUUCAAUCCGACGUUCCCGAAUUUAAAGUAACAAAUGUCAUUGUUUUACCUCGAAUUAUGUCAUCAAUGCCUGACAGGGUUUUGCCAGCUGAGAUACGAAAUCGCUAUCGGCAUCUUGUCUUUGCCGACCCCCGAUUUGAUCACCCGGCGCCAGUAGAUAUGUUGAUUGGAGGAGACUUAUAUCCGUCCGUCAUUCAAUCUAGAGCUGACAUUAUACAUACCGAGGGCCUACCAUCAGCGAUGAAUACACAGUUAGGUUGGGUCAUAAUUGGCGCGUUGCAGAAUAACACACAUACUCCUCUUACUUCCCUGUCAAUUAGUACAACCCCUCCGAUUGAAGAGUUGAUGCAGCGUUUUUGGACAGUAGAGGAGCCCACAGAGUCUACAAUGCCAACUACACAAGACAAGCAAUGUGAAGAUUGGUUUGUUAGAACCACGAAACGAGACGCCAUCGGUCGAUUUUAUGUUGGUUUACCAUUUCGAACGAUAGUAUGUUCCACCGACAUCGGAUGUCAAGAUGAGAAGUCGGUCGUUUUAGGGUCAUCCAGAACUUCAGCUCUUAACCGACUGUAUAAUUUAGAACGUCGCCUUGAGAAGGAUUCAGCAUUGUAUACGGCCUACCGGGCCUUCAUGAACGAUUAUAGAGCGUUAGGACAUAUGAAGUUAGCGACUGAGCCAGGCAAAUAUUUCAUACCACACCACCCAGUAGUUAAACGUUGUAAUGAAGAACUGAAGAUUCGUGUGGUGUUCGACGCCUCGGCUACGUCUUCAUCAGGAGUCUCAUUAAAUGACUGUUUGGUGACUGGACCAAAACUUCAGACUGAAAUCGGUGAUGUCUUGUUGCGCAGUCGUCUACACAAAUUUGUUUUUACUGCCGACAUAACUAAAAUGUAUCGGCAAAUAUGUCUACAUGAACAAGAUAAAGUUUAUCAGCACAUACUAUGGCGCAAUUCGCCUAGUGACAAAGUGCAGGAAUAUGAGUUGUGUACGGUCACAUACGGCGUAAGUUCGGCUCCGUUUUUAGCGAUUCGAUGCCUUCAACAGCUCAACCUGGAGGAUGGACCUGAUUUUCCACUCGUCAAGGAUGUCCUGUUAGCUGAUACAUAUGUAGAUGAUAUUUUUGUUGGCGCUGACACUGUGGAGGACAUUUUAGAAUCAAAAAUCCAAAUCAUCGGCUUGCUAAAUCGAGGUGGAUUUAGCCUGAAAAAAUGGGCUAGCAAUUGUCCCGAGAUCUUGAACACCAUCGAAAUUGAAGACCGUGCUGUGACACCGUGGAUAGAGCCAACCAAGGAACAGGCAGUCAAGGUUUUAGGAGUUCAUUGGGACCCUGUACUUGACACAUUCGGCUAUCAUUCGACGAUAGAUCAUGUCACUCCUACAAAACGGUCAGUAUUAUCAACUGUUGCUCGUUUUUAUGAUCCAAUCGGCGCGUUGGGUCCGAUGGUUUUCUGGGCGAAGUGUUUAAUGCAGACAUUAUGGAUGGAUAAAUUAGAGUGGGAUACACCACUGUCUUCAGGUCUGACGUCGAUGUGGCAAGGUUUCAUCGAUAAACUUCCUGACUUAGCAUGCUUGUCGCUGCCACGACACAUUGCAGUUCGAUACGCAGCAACAGUAUAUUUGCGAGUGGUAGAUCAGGAUAGUAAUGUCAGAGUGUAUUUUUUAGCGUGUAAAACAAAGGUUGCACCACUGAAGUCAUCAUCAGUGGAUAUAUCGUUAACCAUACCUCGGUUGGAGCUUUGUGCCGCGCUCCUGUUGUCGCGUUUACUGUCUCUACGUUUGAAAACCUUACGGGACAAAGUCAAGAUUACGCGUGUCCGGGCAUGGACAGAUUCAACCAUUGUUUUAUCUUGGCUCACGGCCGAACAGAGGCUAUUCAAAAUAUUCGUCACUAACCGUGUAUCUAAAAUACGAGACCUCGUACCCCAGUGCGAAUGGGCACACGUUGGUACUUCAGACAAUCCAGCUGACCCGGCAUCACGAGGGUUGCUGCCAGAUGCUUUGGUAGCAUGCUCAUCAUUUUUACAUGGACCGAUAUUCCUUCAUUACCCGGAAUGUCAGUGGCCAGUUGUAACUACAUCAAGUAUAAAUCCUGAAGAGCUCCCGGAAUAUAAACGCCCAUCAAAAAAUGUAUUUUUAACCCGACAGGUUGAUUCUAGCUUGAUCCAACGUUUUUCCGUGCUGCGCAAAAUGCAACGGGUGUUAGCAUACUGCCUGCGGUUCGCUGACAAGGCUCGACAACGUACGGUUGUGAGUGGGCCAAUCACUUGGCAAGAGUAUGAGAGAGUAUUGAUGAAGGUAACAAUGUAUACACAAAGGUUAUAUUACUCAGAUUUGUACCACCAACUAGUAACGUCAAAUUCUAUCGUCACCCCGAGCUCCCUCGCUCAGCUUGCACCCUUCGUCGAUGCUCAUGGUAUUAUUAGAGUAGGCGGUCGUUUGCAGCAUUCGGACUUGAACACCGACGCCAAACACCCUAUUUUGUUGUCGAAAUCGUCUCACCUUGCUCAGCUUAUUGUCCAUCAUUACCAUCAUAAUACUUUACAUGGUGGGACGCGUUUGGUAGCUUCGUUAAUUCAGCGCCGUUUCUGGAUCGUUUCGAUUCGCGCUGCGAUUCGUCAAAUAAUAUUCAAGUGUACAGUGUGUAUUAGAUACAAGGCCGCAGCUCCCCAACCAUUUAUGGCAGAUUUACCAUCAACAAGGGUCCAACAAUGCCGACCAUUUGCCAACGUGGGAAUGGAUUAUGGAGGUCCGUUCACCAUUAAGGAGAGUCAACGCCGUAACUCAAGGACGCACAAGGCAUAUCUUGGGUUAUUCGUAUGCCUAUCUACCAAGGCUGUGCACUUGGAGGUUGUCACAGACUUGACAACAGAGGCAUUCCUAGCGUCUUUCGAUCGAUUUGUAGCUCGACGAGGGAUUCCGGUGCAGAUUUAUUCCGACUGUGGAACUAAUUACGUUGGCGCAGCGAAACAACUCAAGACAUUAUUCCACGACGCAGCAACGAAGGAAGCACUUCAUGCCCGAGUUCCAUGUCAAUGGAGGUUCAACCCGCCUGCAGCUCCGCACUUUGGCGGUAUUUGGGAAGCUGCUAUUAAGAGUACCAAGUUACAUCUAAAAAAGGUAGUAGGUAAUCAGGUAUAUACUUUGGAAGAGUUAAUGACGCUAAUCACACGUAUUGAAGGUGUACUCAAUUCUCGGCCAUUAGUCGCCAUGUCAACCGAUCCGAACGAUUUAUCUGUGCUAACGCCAGGACAUUUCCUGAUCGGACAACCUAUACUGGCGAUUCCCGAACAUGAUAUCAGCGAUAUCCCUCAGAAUCACCUCAAGCGGUGGCAAUUAGUGAGACAAGCCCUUCAGUCCUUCUGGAAACGAUGGAGUCGGGAAUAUCUCCAUACGCUGCAAAGUAGACAAAAAUGGUUCCAUCAAAAUCCCAGUCUCGGUGUCGGAGAUGUCGUCGUCAUAAAUUCACCUUCUCGACCUCCGUUGAUGUGGCAACUGGGUCGAGUCAUCGACGUCCAUCCUGGUGCUGACCAAGUGGUUCGUGUAGCCACCAUCAAGACAGCAGAAGGGAUACUGAAACGCCCGGUCGUAAAGUUGGUCAAACUACCUACUGACAACGCUUAA